CAAGCUACUGCCAGAGGGCAAUAGGAUCUUCUAUUAUCUCUCAGAAGCAUGGUGUCACUCAAGAGAGAUUCAGGAUUUCUUAUUGCUUCCCAUAGUUUUAGUAUAUCACUCAUUGCUACAAUGUUCUGGACUCCAUCAAGUAAGCUGCCGGAUUAGCUACUGAUUGUUUAAAUUACUUCUGCAGUUUUUCUUAUGAACUAAAUUAUUUGAUGAUGGUGCUACCUAUCAAGAAUGUCAAUUAUGUGUGAAUUUUCCCCCUCCCUUGCCAAAAAGUAGAGUGUAAAUUUCUGAAGUCUGAUUUUCAGAAACGAUGGUUUUUUGGACUGCCCCUGUCUUUUUAAAUAUUUUUAUUGUAUGCAUUUAGCAUGGCAAUGAGCAUUGGCGCACAGACAAAGGACAAAAAUUUGGAGCCAUGUUGCACAAUCCAAGUAAAAUCUAGUUAUUUACUGGUCCCAAAUAUUUUGGAAAGUUGCACUGUACUGUACUGGAAUAGUGAUCAGCAAAAUUUUUAACAGAUGUAAAUUUGGGAUUAAGUCAUUAAUCUCAACCAUAGUGGGGGCAAUGAAAAAAGGAAUACUCCAUUGCAGUAAACACCUCGAGAGUACAAUGGAGUAAAAUUGGUGCACAGACAGAAACCAAGGUCAUCCACAGAUUGAGGCUGAAAAAGGAUAAGAAGACAGCUUUACAUGAGCUGGUUGUUCAGGAACAGAGGCAAAAGCCCAUGGAUUGAUUCCAGUGGAUGGAAGUGGUGUAUUAGGCCAGAGCUCUCUAGGGGCUGUAGUUCCUUUGAAAAUGAUAUUUAAAACUCUCAGGACCAAUACUUGACUGUGCUGACUUAUAUGUAACAAUCCAGCAUUAUUAUUCUUAGCGCGUUGUUAAAUUAGUACCUACCUUAAAAAGAUUAUUUGCUAUUUUGAAAUUUGCUAAUAGCUUUUUAAGCUUUGCAUUAGAUGCUGAAAUGUAGCCCAAGUUUUCCCUAUAUGUGUACAAUUUUGAUUUUUAAAAACUUAUCAGAGCUGUAAUUUGGAACAAAAAUUUUUAAAAAAUCAUCUACUUCGAAUGAGGAGGGGCAUAAAACAUAACAAUUGGUGGGGGCACAGGAAAGUUUUGACUCUUUAUUUGACCAAUCAAAUGACAGAAGUAUACACAUUUUCUUACAAUGAUAACAAUUUAGGCCAUUUAAUGUUUACACUUCAUUUUAUGUAUCAUAGAUUAACUUCAAGAAAGAUAUAUCACAUUUUUGUAUGUUAUCAAAAUUUGUAUCAACAUCCAUCUCAAACUACAUUCCGGAUUUUAUCAGAAAAAAAAACAAACAAACACUUGUGACAAAAGUAUGAUGCAAUUGGGGCAGAGAAGGAAGGGAAACUACCUCAAAAUUCAGAAUUAUUUCCCUUUGAAGACACUGCCCAUACCCUAAUCACUACUCUUGAUAAUGGUGAGGGUUACAUGACCCAAUAUUUACAUAGCUCUUGCCUUGUUGUAUAAAUGUGUGCUGAAACAUCAUCAUCAAUUCCCUUUUUUUUUUUUUGUUGCAGAUGGGUUUUGCAUCAGGCAGGAGGAAUUAACUGGCUCCACAACAGAUACUGCACAUUACUCUUCUCCAGGGUUCACUCACUCGACAGGGUAUAAAAAGUUAGUAGCUUUGUGCCAUUUUAUCUUAAAAUAAGUAUAGAAAUAAACAUAUUUGUUGAGUUUGUCUGAAGAAGCCCAGAAAUCAUCCGAUCACUUCUCUGCCUUUUGGCUAAGAUCAAGGGUUUAUGUCUUAUUUGUAUCCCACCGUGUUACCAAACCCAUUGGAGGACCUUCAUAUCGCACCUUGUGUCUGGCAAAAGCCACGAAGAUCGGUAUAAAAAAUGAGAGAGCUGCAAGGCCAAGAGUCCAGCAAGGGCAGUCUUUGAAGGGACUACCCCAGUAUCUUAGUACAUCUGGGGGAACUAUUUGUUCCAUUUAAAUCAGUGCUACUCAAAAAUUAGGCAAGGCCAGUGUAUAUGCCCAACACACACAAAGACACACACACACACCCCCCCAUUAAAAAAAAAUCAAAUAAGAACAAUCUCUUUCAUAUAUUUUGUUUUUGGUGUACCUGCUUCCAUUUCCAGAUAGCACACAAAAUAUAAGUCCCAAUAACUACGCUAAAUGAUUUUUAAAAAAAAAUAACACAGCUGCGUUUGGUGCGUAAUAUUUUUUUUUCUCUAUGGAAAAUAAAAUCGUCUCAAUUUAAAUAUGGUGUAAUAAAUAUUCGGUUUAAAAGUGGUCAGGACAUCAGAAUAUUAAUAAUAUACAUGGACGUGAAGUAAAAAGUGUGCAGUGGCGUAUCAUGGGGGGGAAGGGGUGAAGUAAAAAUUGGGAUUCUUAAAUGUGCGUUCCUUGAGUUCAUGUUUUGUCAAGUAAUUUUAGUAGAUGGGAAGUUCAUUCAUUGCUGUCGCCAAUUUUUGUCGAGCUAUAACUAGUAAUCAAUUAAUUUGUCACCAGUUUGUGCUGCAGUGAAGAUAAAUUUCUGGAGGUCCUCCAAACUAAAGUCCAUUUAAAUUACUUCACCAUCAUCCCCAUAUCACGAGGCUCAUUUAUCUAAAUACUCAUUGGGCUAUGUUGAGCAAGUCACCCACUUUUAUCCAGAUUUAUUUUUUUUAAAUGUGUGUUUGAAAUAAAGCAUCUGCCUAAGUGUGGUUGAAAUGUAUCAUCCGCCUGUAUAUGGUUGAAAUGUAGCAUCUGCCAAUGUAUAAUUGAAAUGUAGCAUUGCCGAUUUCUGGUUGAAUUGUAGCAUCUGCCUAUGUAUGUUUGAAAUGUAGCAUCUGCCUAUGUAUAAUUGAAAUGUAGCAUCUGCCUAUGUAUUAUUGAAAUGGGGCAUCUGCCUAUGUGUGGUUGAAAUGUAGCAUCUGCCGAUGUGUGGUUGAAAUGUAGCAUCUGCCUGGCUAAUUGAAAUUUCAUAAUGUUGACAAAAUUUGUUUCAGUUUUUUUAAGUGUUCUUUUUUACCAUGAUUUUUCCUCAUGAGUUAUUUCCUGUGUUUCCUUCUCAACAGUAACAACAACUGCAGAGUGCUAUUCAGGGCCGCCUAUCAGAUGGAUAGCCUAAAAAUUGAUGUGACAGACUCGGACAUGGAACCCAGAGACAACAACAAUAUUUGUCUGGACAGGGUUGUCUUCUAUGAUGGUGAGUCUUCCAAUUCCUUAAGAAAAUGUUUAAGCUUUCCUGACUUUUAAAACUGUUUAGCUGCUCAUAAUCUUGCCAAGGAUAUUUUUAAAACACAAUUUGUAAAAAUACUGAUUUUUAUUGGUUAUUAUUUGCGUAGGUUACAAUAUAUAUAUAUUUUUUUUUUCAACGCUUGAGCAGAAAAAAGCUAUAUAUUGUAACAUGGGUGAGCAUGUUAAUGAUUUGCCAAAUCACUUUUGUAACAAUUACUUAUUCGAUUAGUAGAGGCAGUGUUUCAUUGAGUAAUGUUGAGUAAACCUUUGCCGUAAGUAGAACUGCUCUCGCACAUUGGAUUCUAUGUGCAGCUUUCUAUUCAUCAAUUUAGAAAGAUAUAAAAAUAUUGGUCUACUCAACAUAACCAGCAAGACUACUAUACUUACUUAUAUAGUGCUUCUUUAUAUAAAAAAAAAUUCUUCUUUUAUGUUUUUAUUGUUUUAAAUUGCAAUUGUAAAUUUUUAUUAAACAAUUGUUGGUGCGAGAAAUACUUUGUCGGUCAAAUUCUAUUUUUAGGUCCAACCACCGAUGAUUCAGUCCUGGGAGAGUUCUGUGGUAGAGAGACACCAAGCUUUGAGAGUUCAGGCAGCACAGUGCUCAUGGUGUUCCAAACCAACAACAUCAACGACAGGAAUUACAAAGGUUUCCAGCUCAAGUUUGUGAGCCUUGACAGUGAGUCCCUGUGUAGUUGGUGUGUUGGCCUUGACAGUGAGUCCCUGUGUAGUUGGUGUGUUGGCCUUGACAGUGAGUCCCUGUGUAAGUUGGUGUGUUGGCCUUGACAGUGAGUCCCUGUGUAGUUGGUGUGUUGGCCUUGACAGCAAGUCUAUGUGUAGUGUGUUAGCCUUGACAGUCAGUCCCUGUUUAGUGUGUUGCCUUGACAGUCAGUGUCUGUGUAGUGUGUUAGCCUUGACAGUGAGUCUAUGAGUGCUUGGUUUGUCGGCCUUGAUAGGAGUCUCUGUGUAGAUUUUUUUGUUAGCCUUGACAGUGAGUCUAUGUGUAGAUGGUUUGUUGGCCUUCACAGUGAGUCUAUGUGUAGAUUUCAAUGUUUCCAUGCGAAAUAUGUUCUAAAAAAAUAAUUUUAAGUUGGGUGUGAAUCAGAAAUUAAUUGCCUAAAAAUGUGGUGGGAGCAUAUGGUUAAAAACAAGAAAAGAAAAGCAAAUGGAUCAGACUUUUACAAGAGCAUUUUAAAGCCAAAAAAAAAACCCCUACAAACUACAGAUAUAUUUGAAUUAAAAUCAUUUUCUUAAGUGCAAUCUUAACCUUUAAUUUUAUUUUCCAUUAAUUGACUAAAACUAAAAUAUUUUACCAUUUCACUGUCCAUAUACAAAAAUGAUAUUAAAUAUUUUUUUUAAACAGGGGGUGGCAAAGAGUCAUACAAGCCUUCAAAAAAAAUGGGUAAGUCCCUUUGCUGAAAUUGUCUUAUUCUGUUAUUAAUAAGUUUGUCUAUUUAAAGUGACCGAAUAUGUUGUAAAUGUAAAAAGUUUAAGUGAUGGAUCAUGGUGGAAGUGUAAAAAUUUUUAUUUAUUUUUUUUAAUGCGAAAAAGGUUAAGUUCACAACAUACACUGUAAUUGUUAAAAUUUCACAAUCAUUUCACAAGUUUUAACAGAGUUUGGGGGAACUCCAGGCAAAACUUUUCAUUUCCUGCAUUUAAAUGUUCUAACUGCUGGAUAGUUUUUACAGAUCCAUUUUCAAUAUUCAUUUGUUGAAUCCCUUUUCCGUCAUUUGACAUACAAAAUUCUGUAACAUCAUAAAUUAAACAUUGGAUUAAAACAUUUAGAAUCGGCUGACAUUUUUGAACAUGGUUAUUCUCAGCAUGAACCCACCGAUUUCACUUUAUUCUCUUUAUUUCUAUGCCUGUCUGUUCAGGUGUUGGCGCUAUUGUCGGCAUUGUGAUCCCGGCGGUGUUAAUCUACUGUGUGCUUUUUGCUUUUGUUUACCGUAGGUGUAAAUAUUCCCAUCAGGUGAGUCGCGAUUCACAUUUGGUGUACAAACAUUCAAAAUGCCUCGGCCGGGCUGAAAAGAAGAGCUCGCGUUGGUGGGGAAAUAGAAAUUAUUAUUAUAUCAGGGGCUUCUCACUAUAAAAUUAGCUAAAUUGUUUUCUUGCUCAUUGUCUAAGAAUAAAUGAUUGUAACCCAAGGACCACAGGCUUUGAGUAAUAGAUUUACAUGUUGUUUAGGGGGGGGGGAGUGCUGAGAACACUGCUGUAUUGAAAUUCAUAGCUGAAUUAACUUUUUUUUUAUUGUACAGAAGUCCUACAUCCUAUAAUCAGGGUGUCCUGACCUGGGGUGCGAGGGUGAAUUUCAGAAGGUGCAAUGAAAAUAUUUAUAAAAUUGAAUUUAAAGUUAUGUUUGAAUAUUUUUUUAAAAAUUCAGCAUUCUUCAAGAACAUGAUAUAAUUAUGUAAUUAGUCAACAAUUUAUUUUAUAAGUUCUUCAUUUCUUUUUCUUAGAGCAAAAAAAAACCGUGUUUUUUUUUUCCAGUAACUUUUGUAGGGGAUGGGAGAUAAGAAGCAACAGGAUGUCGCCUCAUACAUUGGCCCCAGUCGAAUAUCCCCAUUUUCUUUUUCAAAUAUCCCCCUCGGUAAAUACUAUUUCUACCCAUGCGGAUCUGAAGAUUUAUUUUUUAAUGUUCAAAUUUUAAAGAUAUUCAAUAAGCUAGUGUGUUAAAAUGAGUGGCUGGAUGGCUUUGCAUGCUAAAAUAUGUCACUUUCAAACUACUUGUUGAUUGGAGUUCAUCCUACAGCUAAACACAGAAGAAGAAAACAACAGCACCCCAUAGAUUUAGCAAUAAAUUAAACAGACAACAGCACCCCAUAGUUUUUGCACUAAAUAAAACUCUACUUCUAACUUUAUAUCAACGAGAAAAAUUCCUGAAUAAUCCCCUUUAGCUGCGCACACAUUCUAACAUCUUUACAUUCUUCUCAAAUGAAUAAAUCAAAACUUUUAAUUGAAAAUUGCUCCUUUAAAGGUCCGAUUUAUGUAAAAAAAAAAAUUUUACACCAUUAAUUUGUAAUUUAGGAAAAAAUGUACUCGUGAUGAAUCAGAACAAUAUAAAAAAAAUAUAUAUAAAGAAAUAGUAGUCCCUAAAAGCUCAGAUUCGGUACCUGGUGAAAAUAUCAACCCUUUGUUCCCACUUGGGAGAAUCAGUUAAACUAUUUGUAGGGGUUCAGAGACAGUCUAAUAAUUCGUAGGGGUGCAGAGUGAAAAAAAGAUUGGGAAACCCUAUGACACCCACAUGGAAGUUACGUGUAGCAUUUAACUUAGACAACAGGUCCCUAUAUUGUCCUACCACAGGUCCCUAUAUUGUCCUACCACAGGUCCCUAUGUUGUCCCCCCACAGUUCCCUAUGUUGUCCUACAACUUACAAAUUAAAUCUUAUCAAACACUUAACAACCACUGGAUGUCUUUUAAUGGGUGGGCCACCACUGCCUAACAGAUCAGGAUAGUUAAGAGAGGAGUACAGUAAUAACAAGCCAUUUAAUUGAAUUGCUUUCCUAUACUGAUAGACUAAUUCUUCAAACAAACGGAACUCUGCAAUUUACUUUACCAUGUCAACUCGUCCAACCCACAGGAUCGUCAGAACUCUGGCAAUGCAGGCUCCAGGCCAGCAGAGAUGAGGAUGGCUAUGCUGGAUCAAUCCAGCCAGGGACUCAUCAUACAACAUGUGGGCAAUGGGCACAAUCAGCUGGCUUUCCAUGAGCCCACUGGGAUAGACAUGCAGGCCUUGGCGGACCAGCAAUCUACAUUUGCUUCCGACCAACAGAGAAGGCGGGGCAGAGUGCGGCACCCGGCUGGGGAUUUGAGAAACGUGGAGUUCAUGCCGCCAAACCCAGCUACACUUCUGAACUCAAAGAUUCUUCAUGGAGCUGCUGAUGACGGGUGUUCGGGGUACAGUUCUGAGAGGGAGGAGUCUGCUCGGUUGCAGGAUUUCCGAAUGGCAGAGCCCCAUUUUGUUCACAGCAGUGCCCUGUUCGCGCAAGACCCGUCUGGUGUGUUCUAUGCUGGGAACAUUGAUGAACAUGGAAUACUUCAUCCGCCCAGUGGGGAAAUCUUCCCUGUCUACCCGCUGGCCCCUGCUCCUUCAAUGACAUCAUCAGCUCUCAUUCAGAGUUACCUCUCCCAACAUUUAGAGGACGACCGACGAUCCCGGGGAAGCAGCCGCAGCAGGCGAUCCCCGUACACCAGCGGCAGGAACUCUCCAAGAGACGGCAGCAGUGGUCACGGGUCUCCCUUCAGGAACAGGGGGAAUAACCCAGCGGGCGUGUACAGCGGUUCACCUCGGAUGGCAGGGUUUUUAGACACAGGGGGCCAGACUUUGACAUACUAUGGGAUGAUUGAUGGGGUGGGGAGCAGUGCAGCAGUACCGGAACCUGGGCUUUCAGCAACCGCCGACAAUGUCAGCAAUGCAACUUAUGAUCUGUCCGUGCCGCCACCUUCCUACGAAGAUGCUUCUACGGGGAAGUACUCGCCGACCUUGAUGAAGUAA